AUGCACUCUUGCUAUCAGAGCGGCACUGGCUCGGUGGAGAUGUUCCUGAUGUACCAACAGUGUCUUCGAAGUCAUAGCGACAUUUUCAAGAAGUGGCGCUCCUUUUGUGAGGAGUGGUCCUGGCAGACCGAUCUUCAGCGGGUCAUUCUUCGACAGUUGACUGUGGGACGAGAGAAAACUUGGGUUCAUGCGUACAAGGGCUCCGCUUCCGAGCUGCUUACCUUGUUCCCUUUGGUUGUUCUUUGGUGCCUUAGAUCGGCCCCCGGUCCUGAGGAGCUGUCUUUCUUUGCAAUGUGGGAAGUGAUUUCGGCCCUGCAGCGAGCAAAACUGGAGCCAGAAAACUUCGAGCAAGUGGCCUCUACAUUGCAGUCUGCUCUGGCAAAGCACAUGGCAGCGCACACACGCGCAUAUGGCGAUGAGCAUCUGCUCCCGAAGCACCACUUUAUGCUUCAUAUACCAGGACAGAUUUUGCGCGACAAGUGCAUGCUGGAUUGCUUCGUCACAGAGCGCAAGGGAAAGCCGCUCAAGGCACUGUUGGACGCUGCUGGUAGCGGCCACGUUGGCCUCGAGCAGAGCUUACUCCGCAGGGCUCUGUUCGAACAGAUAGACGACCGCCCUUCGGCAUGGCAGACGCACUUAGAGCCUCCUGUACAGAGCUCCAAUGGCGACCUCUUGAGUUUAAAACUGCACUGGGCCUCCACGACGCAGGAGCAGGUGGUCGCGGGCCAAAUGCGCCGGAAGGAUGGCCAUCUGCUCGAAGACUUUCACUUUGUAAGCUGGCCCUUGGGGCGGGGGGUGCAAAGCCAUGGUGGCAGCAGCCCCAGCCUCCAGAGCCUGUCGCAUGCCAUCCAGGGAGUCAAUGGUGCAA